AAAAAAAGAAAAGGAAAAGGGAGAAAAAAGGGUGAUUAGAAUUGUGUUUAUAAAUCUGUAGAGGAGGUGGAAGGAAGAAAUGAAAAAAAGAGCAGAAUUGAGACGCGUAUCCAUUCCUCAGAUCCACAUUCUCACACCUUCCUAAGGGAUGAUGCCAUAUUUUUGAUUGAGCUGAACAACACAAGCGGAUCAAUUUAGCCGGGCCCAUCAAGUUUGGGACAAAGGCAUUUUGUAGCUGUUGCUGUUGUUUGUUGCCUAUGAAGGGCAUGCUGUAAUCAAGUUCUUGUUCCUUCUCUGCAUAGCAACCAGGAAUCGCAGACAGGAGUUCUGGUUGUAUUGAGAGGAUACUGUAUUGAUAUGGGGAGAAUAAAGCUACAGUCUGGAAUUAAGGUGAUUGAGGAAGAACCUGAGGAGUGCGGUACUUCUGAAUCUUACAGAGCUACUAUAGUAUGCAUGAUUAAUGCAGAAGCAGGUACUGUGUUGGCAGUGAUGAGGAGAAAUGUGAGAUGGGGGGUUCAUUAUAUGUCAGGUGAUGACCAACUAGAAGACUCUCUAAUUCAAUCUUUGAAGACGUUGAGGAAGCAAAUCUUCUCCUGGCAGAAUCCAUGGCAUACCAUCAACCCUGCACUUUAUCUUCAGCCCUUUUUGGAUGUGAUUCGAUCUGAUGAAACAGGUGCACCAAUCACUGGGGUUGCUUUGUUGUCUGUUUACAAGAUAUUAACUCUUGAUGUGAUUGAUGAAAAUACUGUAAAUGUUGAAGAUGCUAUGCAGUCAGUGGUUGAUGCUGUCACUGGUUGUCGGUUUGAGGUGACAGAUCCUGCAUCAGAAGAAGUGGUAUUGAUGAGGAUACUUCAAGUUCUUCUGGCUUGCAUGAAGAGUAAAGCAUCAGUCAUGUUAAGUAAUCAGCAUGUUUGUAUCCUAGUGAACACUUGUUUUCGUAUAGUACAUCAAGCAGGCAGUAAAAGUGAGUUGCUGCAGAGGAUUUCUCGCCACACUAUGCAUGAACUUAUCAGGUUCAUUUUUUCACACCUUCCAGAUGUUGAAAACACAAACCAGGCAUUGGUAGAUGGUGUUGCUACUGUCAAACAGGAGAGUGGGGGGCUGGGUAAUGAUUAUGCUCUUGGGAGUACACAGAUGGAGAAUGGCAAUUGUAAUUCAGAAUUGGGUGGUCAGGCAUCCUCUGUGAGGUUUGGUUCCGAUGCUUCCACAGGUCUUGCCGCAAUUGAAGAAAAUGCAAUUGAAGAAAAUGCAAUUGGGGCUGGUAGGGGAAAGGAUGCCCUUCCUUUUGAUUUGCACCUCAUGACAUUGCCAUAUGGAGUGCCUUGCAUGGUGGAGAUAUUUCAUUUCUUGUGUUCCUUAUUAAAUGUUGCUGAGCAUAUUGGAAAAGGUCCCAGGUCAAAUACUAUAGCAUUUUAUGAAGAUGUCCCACUUUUUGCAUUGGGCUUAAUUAAUUCAGCAAUAGAAUUGGGUGGCCCUUCAAUUCACUGUCAACCUAGGCUACUGAGCUUGAUUCAGGAUGAAUUAUUUAGUAAUCUGAUGCAAUUUGAUUUAUCAACGAGUCCACUUAUUCUCUCAAUGGUCUGUAGUAUAGCUCUUAACCUGUAUCACCAUCUGCGAACUGAACUAAAACUCCAACUCGAGGCUUUCUUCUCUUUUGUAAUUUUGAGACUUGCACAGAGCAGAUAUGGUGCUUCUUACCAGCAGCAAGAGGUUGCCAUGGAGGCUCUUGUAGACUUCUGCAGGCAGAAAACCUUUAUGGUGGAGAUGUAUGCCAACUUGGAUUGUGACAUGACAUGCAAUAAUGUGUUUGAAGACCUUAUUAACUUGUUAUCAAAGAGUGCCAUUCCCAUGGACUGUCCUUUGUCUUCCAUGCACGUUCUUGCUCUGGAUGGCCUUAUUGCUGUUAUUCAGGGUAUAGUUGGAAGGAUAGGCAAUGGGUCUGAUGGUUCAGAACCGGCCCCGGUGAAUAUUGAUGAGUAUACUUCCUUCUGGACAGCGAAGUGUGACAGCUAUAGUGAUCCUAACCAAUGGGUACCGUUUAUCCGCCAGAGGAAGCACAUUAAGAGAAGGUUAAUGGUCGGAGCUGAUCACUUCAAUCGUGAUCCAAAAAAAGGACUAGAGUUUCUCCAAGGAACACAUCUACUGCCGGAAAAACUUAAUCCUCAAAGUGUGGCUUGCUUUCUCAGGUACACUUCUGGAUUAGAUAAGAAUCUUAUUGGGGAUUUCCUGGGAAGUCAUGACGAGUUUUCCAUUCAGGUUCUUCAUGAGUUUGCUCAGACUUUUGAUUUCGAAGAUAUGAGUCUGGAUAAUGCUUUGCGAUUAUUGUUGGAAACUUUUAGGCUGCCUGGAGAAUCACAAAAAAUACAAAGAGUGCUUGAGGCAUUUUCUGAGAGAUAUUAUGAGCAAUCACCACAGGUUCUAGCUAACAAGGACGCAGCUCUUUUGUUGUCUUAUUCUCUUAUAUUGCUCAACACAGAUCGGCAUAAUGCACAGGUGAAGAAAAAAAUGACAGAAGAGGAUUUUAUCCGGAAUAAUAGACGCAUCAAUGGAGGCAAUGACUUACCUCGAGAAUUCUUGUCAGAGCUGUACCAUUCAAUUUGCAAGAAUGAGAUCCGCACAACUCCGGAACAAGGAUUUGGAAUCCCUGAAAUGACCCCAAGCCGUUGGAUUGAUCUAAUGCAUAAGUCCAAAAGGACUGCUCCAUUUAUUUUAUCCGAUUCUAGAGCCGACCUUGACCAUGAUAUGUUUGCUAUAAUGUCUGGUCCCACAGUUGAUGCUAUCUCUGUGGUGUUUGAUCAUGCUGAACUUGAAGAUAUUUACCAGACAUGUAUUGAUGGAUAUCUGGCUCUUGCUAAAAUCUCUGCAUGCCAUCAUCUUGUAGAUGUAUUGGAUGCUGUAGUUGUGUCUCUGUGCAAAUUCACAACCCUCUUGAAUCCAUCAUCAGUCGAGGAAUCUGUGCUAGCCUUUGGUGAUGAUGCAAGAGCAAUGAUGGCAACUGUCACAGUUUUUACCAUUGCAAAUAGAUAUGGUGACUAUAUCCGCACAGGUUGGAGAAAUAUUCUGGAUUGUGUCCUUAGAUUGUACAAACUUGGUCUCCUCCCUGCACGUGUGGCCAGUGAUGCUACUGAGGAAUCAGAGCUUUCUGCUGACCCUGUGCAUGGUAAAACAAUUUCAAAUUCUCUGCCUUCAGUUCACAUGCAAUCCAUGGAAACUCCAAGAAGAUAUACUGGCUUAAUGGGCCGGUUCAGUCAGUUUUUAGCUCUUGACAUUGAGGAGCCAAGAUCACAACCCACUGAACAACUUGCUGCUCAUCAACGCACCCUUCAGACAAUCCAAGAGUGCCAUGUUGGCAGCAUCUUUACUGAAAGCAAGUUCUUGCAAGCUGAAUCAUUAUGGGAGCUUGCACAAGCACUUAUCUUGGCUGCUGGUCACCCUCAGAAAGGGAACAGUUUACCAGAGGAUGAAGAUACUGCAGUUAUUUGCCUGGAGUUGCUCAUUACAAUUACGCUGAAUAACCGGGACAGGAUUUUGCUAUUGUGGCAGGGUGUUUAUGAGCACAUAGCUAAUAUUGUUCAGUCAACUGUAAUGCCUUGCUCCUUAGUAGAGAAGGCUGUUUUUGGACUCCUCCGGAUUUGCCAGCGGCUGCUGCCCUACAAGGAGAACCUGGCUGAUGAACUUUUGAGGUCACUGCAACUUGUCUUGAAGCUUGAUGCCCGUGUUGCUGAUGCAUACUGUGAACAAAUUACUCAGGAAGUGGGUCGCCUUGUGAAAGCAAAUGCUGCACACAUAAGAUCUCUAAUGGGGUGGCGUACGAUUACAUCCUUGCUUUCCAUCACUGCUCGGCAUCCAGAUGCUGCUGAAGCAGGAUUCGAUGCAUUGUUCUUUAUCAUGUGUGAUGGGUCUCAUUUGUUACCUGCAAAUUAUGUUCUCUGUGUUGAUGCAGCAAGGCAGUUUGCAGAGUCUCGUGUGGGACAGGCAGAGAGGUCCGUGUGUGCAGUUGAUCUUAUGGGAGAUUCUGUUAGUUGUUUGGUUAGGUGGUCGCAAGAUGCAAAGGAGGCAAUGGGGGAGGAGGAGUCUGCAAAGUUAUCAGAGGAUAUUGGGGAAAUGUGGCUGAGGCUUGUGCAGGGUUUACGGAAAGUUUGUUUGGAUCAGAGAGAAGAGGUCAGAAACCGUUCUCUUUUAUCAUUGCAGAAGUGCUUGACAGGAGUGGAUGGGAUCAAACUUCCACAUGAUCUUUGGUUACAGUGUUUUGAUCUGGUCAUCUUCACCAUGUUAGAUGAUUUGCAUGAAAUUGCUCAGGGGCACCAAUCUAACUAUAGAAACAUGGAAGGGACACUUGUCAUUGCUGUAAAACUCCUUUCAAAAGUGUUUUUGCAGUUACUCCCUGAAAUUGCACAGUUGACAACUUUCUGCAAACUCUGGGUGGGAGUGCUUAGCCGAAUGGAAAAAUAUCUGAAGGUAAAAGUAAAAGGGAAGAAAAAUGAAAUUCUUCAGGAAACAGUGCCUGAGCUUCUGAAGAACACCUUGCUGGUAAUGAAGAGCUGGGGAGUGCUUGUGCAGAGGAGUGCUUCAGGUGGGGAUAGCUUGUGGGAACUUACAUGGGUGCAUGUGAAUAGUAUUGCUCCAUCUUUGCAAGCUGAGGUGUUCCCUGAUCAAGGUCAGGAGCAGUCACUUCAUAAGCUGGACGAAACAGGUUGCGUUCCUUCAAAUGAACCAGUGCAUGCUGAAUGUGCUGCUGGCACUGGAGGUUAACAUUUACAGUGUGUUCAAUAGAACCCAAUCGGUUUGUCGAUACAUGUAGCUGGCACUGGAGGACAUGAGUUGGAGCAUUCGGGUAAUUUUUUCAUGUUCUGGUACUGGAAUUUUUGGGAAUUGACAAAGAUUAAGGUUUAUCAAGAAGGGAAUGGACGUGAUGAAGGUCUCUGCUCACGACUCCAGGCAUCAGAAAGAUAGAGAUUUGGUUAUUUGAAAUAUGCUUGGGAAGAACUCUCUCUUUGGUCCUAAAAUUUUGACCAUAAAAGUUGUAUUUACUUUCCUCGUUGAUGUACAGGACAAAGAAUUUGAUACCUGAACAUUUUCAAGUAGGUUUUAGUUUUACUCAGCAUCAUAAGGUGGAGAAUUGUGAUGGUUUUGCAUGAUAGUAAUACAGUUCAGAUUUAUGUUCACAA